AAAGUUGUUACAACAAGAAUAAAAUCCCGCCAAAAACCAUUUCGUCCUCCCCUAACCGAUUCCUUCGUUUCCAGAUUGCUUGAUUCUUGCUCACUAGACUCACCACCACCAAUCAAUGGCUUCCAGCGUCCGUGCAAUCUCCCUCGCCGCCGUCCUCCUCCUUCUUGCUCUCAUCGCCUCCCCGAGCGGCGUCGUUUCACUCACUACCCGCGAGUACGAGUCGAUGCAGCGAGUGCUCCGCGGCCACGGCUACAACCUCGUCUGCAACGCAAUGGCAACCUCCGACCUCCAGUGGCUCCUCCUCACCCUCCCCGCUAACGCCUCCUUCACCAUCUUCGCCCCCACCGAUGCCUCCCUCUUCGCCCUCGAUAUGACGCUCCCCGCUUCCUCAUACACCGACACCCUCCGCUUCCACGUCGUCCCUCUCCGCCUCUCCCUCUUCAACCUCCGCUCCCUCGCCGCCGGCUCGGUCCUCCCCACUCUCCUCCCCUCCAGCGCUCUCCGCCUCGUCUCCACCCGCCCUCUCUCAGUCGGCGGAGUCGACGUUGUUUUGCCCGGACUCUUCUACUCCCGCCACGUUGCGGUUCACGGCCUCGGAGGCAUCGUCAGCCUCGCCUCUCUCGUUCCCUACAGUUCCCCCUCUCCGGUUCCCAAGGUCAAGCCCAUGGCCACUACUGAUGAUUCCAACCGUACGGAUCUCAAUCUCUAUCCGGUUCCCAAGGUCGAGCCCAUUGCCACUAUUGAUGAUUCAAACCGUACGGAUUUCAAUCUCUCUCCGGAAAUCGCACCGUCUCCGGUGACCACUGGAUCUCCAUCUUCGUCUCCCAAUGUAAGCCAAGAGAUCUCGCCGGCUUCCGUACCAGAGGACGAAAUUUCUCCGGCGGCUGCGACGGCACCGGCACAAUCGCCUUUAACGGCCGAUUCCGUGGCGGAGAGGGCUAGGGUUUUGUUGAUGGAGAUCAAUGCAAUUCCAGAUCGGGAGAAAUCGAAAGCGAUCUCUGACGCCGAUCAGAUCAUGGGCGGCGAGCCUCAACCGUCGAUGAUGAAAGAGCAACCGGAGGUUAUCAAUAAGCUGGAGAAAUGCGGAGCGUUGGAUGAGAUGGCCAUCGACUGCUUCGUGCCAGACGGCGCGACGGGGUUGGAUCACAGCAGCGUUCACCGCGUCGUUCGUGUUCUGACCUGAGGGAGGCUCCUCGCUCGGGCCCACCACAUCCGAUCGACACGUGGUAAAAUCUCGACGGUCUCUGAUGAUCUUGUACAAAGUUUACUUGACGUACAGCUGUGAUGAUUUCUGAAUAAAAUUCACAUGUCAGACAGACGUUACGCAUGUACGGAAUUCUAAUUUUUCUGUCGAAUUUUAUGUUUUGUUGCGGCGAUUUUCAGAAAGUGGAUCAAUUGAUACAUUGAGAUUUUCGAAUAUUGUGCAAAAAAAACAAAGAAAG